AAAAUUGUCUCUUCUGUUCGUACCGUUAAGACUUUAAUCGCAUUUUGAUAAUGCGAUCACGGUGAACGCCACGUAAAAUGCAGCCCAAAAGUUAACAACGUUUAUGUUCGUUCUGUAUUUUUGUUCAACAAAUAAACCACCACUCAAGAGUCAAGUCAGCAAAAAGUGACCCAGACACACCAGCUGAUCCAAAGGCACCACAGCAGCAGACAGACAGACCAUCACACCUGCUACGAAUAAAGGGGAUUUAUUUACAAAACUGGCAUUUCUGGUGGAUCUGAACAUUGCCUGGAUAUUAGAAUAACAUCAAUUUGAUUGAUAAUGGCCCUGUCCAGGAAUUUGAUAUCAAAGAUCUAUAACAUAAAGGCACACGAUGGUAAAGUCACCAGCCUCGAUCUUGGGGAAACGGGCCGUGUGCUGGUCACCGGUGGCGAGGAUCGCAAUGUCAAUCUGUGGGCCAUUGGCCAGAACGAGUGCUUUAUGUCCCUAACUGGUCAUAAUCGUUCCAUUGAUUGCGUACGGUUUGCAUACAAAGACAAUUUUGUUUACUCUGCCGAUGAUAUUGGCAUCAUACGGAGAUGGGAUCUCAAUGCCCAGAAGAUAUAUUCAACGCUCAAUGGGCAUAUGAAGAGUGUGCGCACCCUGGACUUUAAUCCCUCGGGGGAGUACGUGGUAUCCGGCAGCAAUGAUACCACCGUUAGACUUUGGGACGUGCAGAAUGAGAACAAUUGCAUUCGAGUGUGCCGGGGCCAUAUGUCGCAUGUGAACUCUGUUAAAUUCUCCCCGGACGGACUAUGGAUUGCUUCCGCUGGCCUGGAGGGAUCCAUUCUCAUCUGGGACAUAAGGAAGAGCAAACAGAUCAUGGAGUUUAUAGCAGAGCCACCAGUCACGGCCAUCACAUGCAUACAGUUCCAUCCGUUUGAGUUCCUGCUAGCCGCUGGACGCAUCGAUGGCACCGUGUCCAUCUAUGAUCUGGAGCAUCAGCAGCUUGUCUCGCAGACCACACAUUUCUAUGGCCAGGCCAUCAGAUGCAUAACGUUCAGUGACAAUGGUGAAUGCCUCUUUGUGGGCAGUGUUUCGGGCAUCUCUGUCAUUGGCUGGGAGCCCGACCGUGAGCUGGACCACAUAAAGGGCUCCUGGUCCUCGCUGGGUGACAUGAAAGUGGUCAACAAUAAGCUGAUCUGCGGCUGUCAUGAAAUCGAUGCUGUGUCCAUUAAUACCAUAAGUCUGGACCGUGUGAUACCGUUCUAUCAGCCGCCGAAUACCCUGCCCAACUUCAAGCACAAUUCAACGAACCGAAAGAGCUUCACGCGCGGCAACCAAAAGUUUCGUCUGUCUUUGGGUGGUUCCAAGCCCGCCCAGGUCAAGGAGGAGCAAGAGCAUGAGAAUAAAAGUCAGAAUUUCGAUGAUCUAUCAUCGCCAAAUCUGAGUCUGGAGGUUGUGAACGAGGCCGUAUUGGAAUCGACAGAGACAUCGCCCAUUUCGUCGCUGCAGCAUCUGCCACAGCCCGGUCUAGUGGCACCUGGCGAGCACGUGCAUCCGUAUAGCCUCUACAGCUAUAGUAGCUACAGCGGCAUGGAUGUGGGCGGUUCCAGUUCCACCCGCCUCUUGCAGAUGAAUGGCCACAGCUCGCUGCACACAGCGGAGAACUAUAACAAUAUUUAUUCGCUGGACAAGGAGGAGGAGCCCGAGGCUGAGGCCGAGGCCGAGGUGGAUGUGCAGCAUUUGGAGUACAAUCUGAACGAGAGCAAUGCACCGAUACUCUCCAAUUAUGAUAACUACGAGAUGGCCGAGGACUUUCCAGUCAAUCAGAACUUGAACUAUUUGGUCAAUAGCUAUAAGGCAGUGCCGCCCGCCUCCUCCACGAUCAAUGCCUCGUCCAAGUCGAUCAAGAAAACGACAACCAAUCUGCACAAGCGAAGCACGGGCAUCAGCAACACCAAACAGUCAUCGACGGCCAUUUUCGGCAGCAAUAAGCUGAGCCAAGUGUCGUCGGUUAGCUCGAUGGAGCUGCACAAGCUGGACGACAAUAUGAUACUCAAGAAAUCGUCCUCCUCGAAUGUGGUCAACAAGAACAAACGGUCGAUGGUGGCGACCACGCAGAGCCAGUUCUACAAGGAGAAUAGCCAGCAGAAGAAUAUCAAUGUGGAGAUAAUCACAAAGCCGCCAAUGAGGUCACGCACCACCCUAGACAUGCGUAUAUCGCAUCAAAACAAAACUCAGGAAAAGCAUACACACCAGCCACUUAACAAUCAUCGCAUCAUAGCAGAUGAUCACAAUGAUUUUGAUUUCCUCUCAAGAUCACACGAGGCUGUGCUACAGGAAUUGAGCAAUCGCCAGACCAGCCUGGAUUUGCUACGACACUCCACAAGGUCGCAUGAUGUUUUGGGCGCCUUGAAGCAAGCUAGGAAUACCGGAAGAUCGAUCUUUAUAGAUCUGCUGGGAGCCAUCCUAGAGAAACCGUCCUCGUGGAACUUGGAUUUCUGCAUAUUCGUUUUGCCAGAGAUAUUUGAACUUUUGCAAAGUCAACACAAGUUCCACUUUACCAGAGCCUGUGAUACAUUGCGUAUCAUUUUGUCAAACUUCUUGCCAACCAUACAGGAGAACCUCGACCCGUGGGCGGCCAAUGGCUUGGGCGUGGAUGUGACGCGGGAGGAUCGCCAGAGGAAGUGCGCCGAAUGCCAGCGAUGGCUGUUGCAGAUCAAGAACCUGCCCGAAAGCAUUCACUUUGGGGGCACGCUGUCACAAUUGCAGAAUAUAAUUGUUUUUUAAAACAUUGCAUGCAUAUCUGUAGACUGUAAAUUGUCCACGGGGUUCAGAUUAGAUCCAGACUCUUGAACGAUUAUCACCCACUGUGCAGGAACAGACAGCGUCCUUUUAUUUUUUUUUCGGGGGAGUGGCCUCAUUUGUCGCUCUAAGCUGCCAAAAAAAAAAAACUAUAAACAAAAAACAUUUAAAACACACAAUCGAUUCAGGAGAAGCAGCCGCUUCCGAACCCUGUUUGUCCAGCAUUAACAAAAACCCUUAGUCAUUAAAUGAUUUACACUAUUAAUUCGUUAUUGAAACUAAUUUAUAUAAUUAUUAUUUACACAUACCACCUAAGCCUUAUAAAUUUCAAAAGUGUGCAACAAAAGUGUCUGAAAAUCUGUGUACUUAUUUG